ACGCCGGCGGCCCGCCGGGCGGCGGAGCGCGAUGCCGUAUGCCAACCAGCCCACCGUGCGGAUCACGGAGCUCACCGACGAGAAUGUCAAGUUCAUCAUCGAGAAUACGGACCUAGCGGUGGCCAAUUCUAUCCGGAGGGUCUUCAUUGCCGAGGUGCCCAUUAUAGCCAUUGACUGGGUUCAGAUUGACGCCAAUUCCUCAGUCCUUCACGACGAGUUCAUCGCUCACAGGCUUGGAUUAAUCCCCCUCACCAGCGAUGACAUUGUGGACAAGCUGCAGUACUCCCGGGACUGCACGUACGAGGAGUUCUGCCCCGAGUGCUCGGUGGAGUUCACUCUCGACGUGCGGUGCAACGAAGACCAGACUCGUCACGUCACGUCUCGAGACCUCAUCUCCAACAGCCCCCGGGUCAUUCCAGUGACAUCCCGGAACCGAGAUAACGACCCCAAUGACUACGUGGACCAGGACGACAUCCUCAUCGUCAAGCUGCGAAAGGGCCAGGAGCUGAGACUCCGCGCCUAUGCCAAGAAGGGCUUUGGCAAGGAACAUGCUAAGUGGAACCCGACUGCAGGGGUGGCUUUUGAAUAUGAUCCCGACAAUGCCCUGAGGCACACAGUGUACCCCAAGCCAGAGGAGUGGCCAAAGAGCGAGUACUCAGAGCUGGAUGAAGAUGAGUCCCAGGCUCCGUACGACCCCAACGGCAAGCCGGAGAGGUUUUACUACAACGUGGAGUCCUGUGGCUCCCUGCGCCCCGAAACCAUCGUCCUCUCGGCCCUCUCCGGGUUGAAGAAGAAGCUGAGCGAUUUGCAGACCCAGCUGAGCCACGAGAUCCAGAGUGACGUCCUCACCAUAAAUUAGCCGCAGCUCAUCCGCCCGAGCGGAAAAGGAUCCGAGCAGCAGCUGUGUGCAGGUCUCCUGAGACCCUCCUCGCCCCUGAAGUCCCGACAGCUGUACUUAACUUCUGGGCAAGCCAUCAGCACCAACUGGAGGUAGCAGAGGGGAGGGUGCCCCUCCCGGCCUGGCUUGGUCCCAGGUAGAUUACGGGGGUGCCCCUGGUAUUUGAGGCA